CCUUUCCCAGACAGCACGCUCCGCCCGUCCCGAGGGUGCGCACCCGGCUGCACUCCCCUCCCGGGACCCAGGGCCCGGGAGCAGCCCCCAUGACCCGUACGCACGUCUGCAGCAGCCCCGCUCAUGCCCCGGCGAGCCUCAACCCAGGCGUCCUGCCCCUGCUCUGACCCCGGGUGGCCCCUACCCUUGGCGACCCCUCACGCACACAGCCUCUCCCCCACCCCCACCCGCGCACGCACACAUGCAGAUAACAGCCCCGACCCCCGGCCAGAGCCGCAGAGUCCCUGGGCCACCCCGGCCGCUCGCUGCGCUGCGCCGCGCCGCACCGCGCUGUCCUCCCGGAGCAGGACCGGGGCCACCGCGCCCGCUCUGCUCCGACCCCGCGCCCCCUGGACAGCCGCCCUCUCCUCCAGGCCCGUGGGGCUGGCCCUGCCCUGCCGAGCUUCCCAGGAUGAGGGCUCCCGGUGUGGUCACCCGGCGCGCCCCAGGUCGCUGAGGGACCCCGGCCAGGCGCGGAGAUGGGGGUGCACGAAUGUCCUGCCUGGCUGUGGCUUCUUCUGUCCCUGCUGUCUCUCCCUCUGGGCCUCCCAGUCCUGGGCGCCCCACCACGCCUUAUCUGUGACAGCCGAGUCCUGGAGAGGUACCUCUUGGAGGCAAAGGAGGCCGAGAAUGUCACGACAGGCUGUGCCGAACACUGCAGCUUGAGUGAGAAUAUCACCGUCCCAGACACCAAAGUUAACUUCUAUGCCUGGAAGAGGAUGGAGGUUGGGCAGCAGGCCGUAGAAGUCUGGCAGGGCCUGGCCCUGCUCUCGGAAGCUGUCCUGCGGGGCCAGGCCCUGUUGGCCAACUCUUCCCAGCCAUGGGAGCCCCUGCAGCUACACGUGGAUAAAGCCGUCAGUGGCCUUCGCAGCCUCACCACUCUGCUUCGGGCGCUGGGAGCCCAGAAGGAAACCAUCUCCCCUCCAGAUGCGGCCUCGGCUGCUCCACUCCGAACAAUCACUGCUGACACUUUCUGCAAACUCUUCCGAGUCUACUCCAAUUUCCUCCGGGGAAAGCUGAAGCUGUACACAGGGGAGGCCUGCAGGAGAGGGGACAGAUGACCAGGUGUGUCCAGCUGGGCACAUCCACCACCUCCUUCACCAACAUUGCCUGUGCCACACCCUCCCCCACCACUCCUGAAGCCCGUCGAGGGGCUCUCAGCUCAGCGCCAGCCUGUCCCAUGGACACUCCAGUGCCAGCAAUGACAUCUCAGGGGCCAGAGGAACUGUCCAGAGCGCAACUCUGAGAUCUAAGGAUGUCACAGGGCCAACUUGAGGGCCCAGAGCAGGAAGCAUUCAGACAGCAGCUUUAAACUCAGGGGCAGAGCCAUGCUGGGAAGACGCCUGAGCUCACUCGGCACCCUGCAAAAUUUGAUGCCAGAACACGCUUUGGAGGCAAUUUACCUGUUUUUGCACCUACCAUCAGGGACAGGAUGACCUGGAGAACUUAGGUGGCAAGCUGUGAUUUCUCCAGGUCUCAUGGGCACUCCCUUGGUGGCAAAAGCCCCCUUGACACUGGGGUGGUGGGAACCGUGAAAACAAGAUGGGGGCUGGCCUCUGGCUCUCGUGGGGUCCAAGUUUUGUGUAUUCUUCAAUCUCAUUGGCAAGAGCUGAAACCACCAA